CUUCCUCUCUUUCAUCAAGGAACUCCCCCCUUUUCAUAUAGCAAUGUCUACACAGAAGCAGAGGCCAAAGAAUGUCCCAUCUCUACUCUUAAGAGACGACGAAAACGAUGCACUGUUCUCCAUGCUUGGCCGAGGAUGUCUGACCCUUGCCACUGGGGUAGUCCAGCUGUAUACAGCGGAUCCUCCCAUGAGACAAAGGUGGAGUAAACGGAUUGCUGGGAUUGCCUGCUUCAUCAAGGACAACCAAAAGAGGUCAUACUUCAUAAGGGUUUAUGACCUUAAGCAACGACAGUGUGUUUGGGAGCAGGAAAUCUACAACCAGUUCCGUUAUAAGUCACCUCGAGACUAUUUCCAUACAUUCGAAGCUGAGGAUUCUCAAGCAGGAUUAAAUUUUGCAAGUGAGGAUGAAGCAUUUAAAUUCAAGAACAACGUGGAGCAGAAGUUACUGGAACGUCACAGGAGGAGAAUCGAGAAGAAGAGUAACAAAGGGCAGAACACUCCUGCACAGCCGAGGACAGUACAGGUCAACAUUGCUCCAGGACCUGCACCUGCAGCUCAGCCAAUCAGUGUUGGUCUUUCUUCUGGAACUAAUACUGUCAAAGAAUCGAAGAAAGGCAAGAAAGACAAGAAAAAGAAACUUACAAAAGAGGACAUUGGGACACCAUCAAACUUCCGUCAUGUCAACCAUGUUGGUUGGGAUCCGGAGAAAGGAUUUGAGAUGGAGAAGCUGGAUGAGGACAUGAAGAACUUGUUCCACUCUGUUGGAAUCAGUGACAAUGAUCAAGUGGACAAGGAGACAAUCGACUUCAUCUAUGACUUUGUGGAGAAGAAUGGUGGGAUUGAGCAAGUCAAGAAAGAGAUGUCCAGAGCACCCCCUCCUCCUCCUCCAUCAGCACAACCACCACCACCCCCUGUUAGCCACCACAGGCCGCCCCCAGGCCCUCCUCCAAUUGCCAGAACCCCUCCUCCUCCACCAUCGAGGCAGGGUGUAGCACCUCCUGGUCGGUCAAGGGGUGCACUUCCACCUCCCCCACCACAGAGGGAUAGACAGCUACCCCCAACACCUGGAUAUGGAGCACCACCUCCACCUCCUAAAUCUCCAGCCAGUCCCCCUCCACCACCUGUUGGGGUACCUAAUGCACCACCACCACCACCAGCUCCUGCAGCCCCACCACCACCUCCUGCUCCAGGGGCUCCACCCCCACCACCAAUGAUGGGAGGAGGAGGAGGGGGAGGGGCAGGCCGAGGUGCCUUACUGGAGUCCAUCAGAGGAGGGACUACACUGAAGAAGACCACACCUGGGGAUAAUCAACCUGCGGGAGGGGGAGAUCCUCGGGAUAAUCUGUUGAAAGCCAUUCAACAAGGAGCUAGUCUUAAGCAUGUUGAUCAUCAGGCUGACAAUCGCCCUGCUGUGAUAGAGGAACAGGGAGGAAUUGUGGGAGCUCUCGCCAAGGCCCUGGCAAGUCGUAGUGCCCAAAUCCAGGGAUCAGACAAUUCGGACGAUUCUGACAUGGAUGAUGAUGACGAUGACGAUGAAUGGGAUGAUUAAACUGAUGAUUGACAGAAUGAUAUGAAGACCGUGUUUCUUCCUCUUUAUUGGAUGUUGAUGCUUAGUUUUUUCAAGACAUAGAUAAAAUAAAAUAUUAUGCAUAUUU